GCUCUCUUCCUACCAGGCCGUGGUCAGGAGUAGAACUAUGCUACGCUUUCUCAGUCAUGGCGCUGCUGUGAAGUUCGACAGGAACGAGUGUGAACAAAAAACCUCCCUCGAAGUGGUUUCAGUAGAGAUCAUUCAAAAUCCAGACUGGUGGAUACGCGCGCAUUUCCACCACACACUUAGUACUGGACUGUUUAGAUGUCGAAUUUUUUAACAGGAUACAAGGCACGCUCGUGGCUACUUUCGAAAGGAAACGAUACAAAGUUGCUUUUUCGGGCUCCAUGCAGGAUGUUACAAUUGUGACCUUACCAACAAGCAGCAGGAUGGACAACGGGAGUUAGAGCGAGUACUUAGGGAUUGUUUGGGGUUUUGUCCGGUGUGACUUACGUUGAUCUUUUCCUGGAGCCUCUUGGACGCCUUUUACACAACCACCAUGCCAGCGAAGACAAAGUACAAUUUGGUAGAUGAUGGUCAUGAUUUGCGGAUUCCUUUGCACAACGAAGACGCUUUUCAACAUGGAAUCAAUUUUGAAGCAAAGUAUAUCGGUAGCCUGGACGUGCAGCGACCGAACAGCAGAGUGGAGAUAGUGGCUGCAAUGAGGAGAAUACGCUAUGAAUUCAAAGUCAAGAACAUCAAGAAGAAAAAGGUCAACAUCAUGGUCUCGGUAGAUGGGGUGAAGAUUGUACUGCGCAAAAAGAAAAAGUUCAAAGGGUCGGCCUAUCUACUGAAGGAUGGGGAGGUGGGGCCAGGACAGAACAGAAGAGGCAGGCAGAAAAAAGAAUGGACUUGGGACGAAAGCAAGAUGAUGGUGAUGCAAGACCCCAUUUACCGGAUAUUCUAUGUGUCCCACGACUCGCAGGAUUUGAAGAUCUUCAGUUACAUUGCCAGGGAUGGGCAAAGCAAUGUUUUUCGCUGCAAUGUCUUCAAGUCAAAGAAGAAGAGCCAGGCCAUGCGUAUCGUGCGGACGGUUGGCCAGGCGUUUGAGGUGUGCCACAAGCUGAGUCUGCAGCACACCCAGCAGAACGCAGAUGGCCAGGAGGACGGUGACAGUGACAAGACCUGCUCUGUCGAGGGAGUGGCAGAACGAGAGUUGACCGGUGCGGAGAAGACGUUGGCUGAGGAGACAGACAUCGACGCAGAGGAGCUGCCUGCGCCAGACAGCACGGUAGACGAGUUCAACCGCGGCGUCACAGACCUGGACGAGGCCAAGAAAGACGAUGCUGUCGUCACUAAGGAGAUACAGGUGCCGGAGGAGGCUGCCAUCCUGCUGGCCACUCCCAAGAUGCUGCUGCCGUCAUCCAGUCAGCUGCCUGCUGGCGCCCCCCUCUCCGUCCACCACCAGAUCCAGCUGCUCCAGCAGCAGCUCCAGCAGCAGCAGCAGCAGACACAGGUGGCCGUGGCUCAGGUUCACCUGCUGAAGGACCAGCUGUCUGCGGAGGCCACGGCGAGGAUCGAGGCCCAGGCACGCGUGCAUCAGCUGCUGCUGCAGAACAAGGACCUGCUCCAGCACAUCUCACUGCUGGUCAAGCAGGUGCAGGAGCUGGAGCUCAAAAUGGCCAAAGAUGGAUCAAUGGGUUCCCAGGACAGCCUUCUGGAGAUCACCUUCCGCGCCAACGUGCCGCCGGUGCUGUGUGACCCGAUGACCCCGCGGCCGGAGGACAUCAGCCUGCCCCUGCUCAGCGAUGGCACGCAGCUCUCCCAGCCGCUGGCCAGCCCCCUAGUUGACCAAAGCAUGUUCGAGAACUCCACGGUGGCUCAGCAGCAGCAGAAGAUCCAGAGUUCGCGCUCGUCCGCCCGACGGUCGCUCGGCAACACACCGGGCAGCCCUGCUAGCAGCAGCCUGGCGGACGGCUCCAACCUGGCCGGCGGGCAGAAGAUGGGCGGCAGCAGCCAGCACCUGAAGAACGCCCUCAACCUGGGCAAAGCCGUGGGGGCAAAGGUCAACGACCUGCUGCGGCGGAAAGACCCCAGCACGCUGGGCGACAUCGGGGUGACGGAAGUCAACAAGAACAUCGGGGGAGUGUGGUCGAUAGCGGAUGGUAGCGGUGUAGCCAACAGUCACGCGUCCUUCGACAACUUCCCGCGGCUAGACCCCCCUCCACCGGGUAAGAAGCGCGUGCCGCGGGCCCUGAAGACCACUCAGGACAUGAUGAUCUCCUCCGACCCCGUGGUGGCCUCGCCUGAGUCCCCCGACUCCUCCUUCCUCUCCUCCCCCGACAAGACGCCCCUCAUCAUCGGCAAAGAAGGCUCCUCGCAGCGAGGAGGAGGAGGAGGAGGGCUGGAGGGAGGUGACACCGGUGACAACUCGGAGAGCGAAUCAGAGAAGAUGUCCCUGGGGCUCUCCUAUGGAGUAGACGGGGAGCAGCAGCAACAGCAGCAAACGACAGAGAAAAGGAGAGCUAGUGCCGUCACGAACCUCGACGCAGUGGCCACAGAAGAAGGGAUGAUGGAGGUAAAGAAAGAUGAAGAGGAGGAGAGCGAUGAGCAGUUGCAGAUCCUGCUCUCGGUGCCCGACCUGAUCCACAAGGACACCCUGGAGCCCAAGCAGAAGCAGGCGGGCUCGGAGACGCGGCUGGCCUCCACGCCCUGCCCGGGUAAGGGCAGCUACCGCAUCAGCGUGGGGGAGGAGCUGCUGGAGAACGGCUCCAUGGGAGUGGGGGAUUAUGGGACGCCACCGCGCAAGAGGGCCUCCAGUCUGGAGAACGAGGAGCCGCACCCGGACCUGCUCUCCUUCGAGUAGACACCACACCACACUCACUCACUCACUCAGUCUGUCUGUCUUUCUGCCUGUCCGUCUGUCUAUUUAUCUAUCUAUCGAUCUGUCCAUCUAUCUAUAAAUCUGUUUCUUUCUCUGUCUGUCUCAAUCACUUUCUCUGUCUGUCUCAUUCUCUCUCUCUUCCUCUUUCUGACAUCCUAUCACACACACACACACACACACACACACACACACACACACACACACACACACACACACACACACACACACACACACACACACACACACACACACACACACCACACACCACACACCACACACCACACACCACACACACACUCCACUUACCUCUGGCUCACCUUGAGAAGGGUCUCUGUUUGGGGUCAGCUACCUGGCCCAGCCAUGCUGAAACACUGUAAUGCUAAUUGCAUUUUUUUACCACUCGGCCAAGAAAGCAAGAUGCACCCACCCUUUAAAAAAACACACACACAUACAUGAAAUGUCUGGACCUUAAGCACUGUACUGUGGAUUUGUGGUUGACCCAGGUGUGGUGGGGGGGUUGUUGUCGCGCUUGGCAUUUAUGCAUCCCUCCCCCCUGUAAAUGUCACUGAGGCAGCGGGUCCCCUGCUCAGGAAGAUGAGGGCUUGCAGAGGAGGCGAAGCUGCCAAAGUGGCAUCAAGUGGCAUUCUUACCUGUGAUGCCGCCUACAGUGUGCUGUGAAUAUAUCCUCACCAGCAAGGUUUUUAAAGUACAAGACUAUGUAAAUCACAAUGGACUGCAUCGUAUUACUGAAGGAAACUGGAUGAUUUAUGACCGUGGGAUGUAAAUUGUAGAUCACAUAGAUUAAAGAUUGGAGUCCCGAUUUAUUAAAAAGAGAAAAAAAAGAGAAAAUAGACUUUUAAUAAUAGCCAAACCAAAGUAAAUGUUUUUAAAUGUUGUAUUUUAAUACGUAAGUUUUAUUGUUUCUAUGUGGAGCUAUUUUGAUGCUGUUCGUUUUUGUGCUUGUGAGUUUCCAGUCAGUCAGUUAUAUAUAUAUUUUUUUUUUACCACAGACAGAUUUACCUCUGAUUCACCCAGAUGGCAGAUCCAUUAGGACCAACAACAACAGAACAGAUAUGUGUGUGUUGAUGGUGGUAGAUGGUGCAGCAAGACACACUAAACCCUAACCCAGGGUGAACAAAAAAUCCAUCCUUUGUGGCGCAGUGCCAACGUAAACCCAUAUCUCUGAGUAUCCCUAAUGGAGACUAAGGACAUGAACCACUGAUGCAAGGCUUUCCUUUCCUUCGGCUAGGCAAGAGAAUGAGAAAUAUUUAGACGUGCAGCGCAGCACAGCACAGCUCGCCGCAGAGAAAGGGGCUCUUUGUCUCCCGCAGGUUCAGGGCCACGGUCAGACAACGCUAGUUCCAGCGUCAGCCUCGCUAAUGAUGCCUGUGGCGCUAUGUCGGCCCAUACGUCUUUAAUUACCAGACAGCGGGCAGGUAGUAUGUCGUCAGCCGCUUCAGGUGAUGAAGUGCUGUAUUACCACGUACAAACGCACACACGCAAAAAAAACACCUCGACUGCUGGAGGAAGAUUUACUGCACAAACACAAAUUGCAACCCCAACCCACCACACCCCCCACCGUGACUCAGUUAGCUGCUCCGCUAUUUUAUUUGUGCCCUUGUCAGUUUAGGCCUCUGUACAUGAAUAUGUAUGCUGGCUACAGUCAUGCUCCCUUCAGCAUAUUAAGCUAAUCUCAGAGGAAUAUGCACAGUUAGAGCUAAUGGCACAGUGGUGCGGUAGCGGCCGGUCGGUUUGUCACGGCAAGGUCGACCCCUCUCCCCGGAGACGGAGGCUCUAACAAGGUGUCAGUCGUCACCAAGGUAUGAGCUCCGGCCGCGCGGCAGCCUUGGAAAAUAUCCCUGGAAUGUUCUAACUGUGCUAAUCCGUCCUGUUGUUCGUGCUGAAGUCUCUCUCCUUCUUCACAUGACUCUGCAGCCAGACGGCGCUGGGAUGUGGGAACUGCUGUAUUCUGCAGUCAGCCCAGCCAGUCUGUCUGUCUGUCUGUCUGUCUGAUAAGGGCAAAUUGACUGGCUUGAUGAGGGCAUUCAGGUGCCACUGCUUAAAAAUGCUGUUGGGAUGCGUUGUGGAUGUAGGCUACCAGUCUUCAGCAGUGAUUCUUAUCCUUAUAUUCUGCUCAGAGCUACUGACACACUCCAGCUUUACUAGACAAUACCGUUACAUCACAAUAAAGCAAUGCCAUGAUAAACAGACAGAAUAGCAUGAGUCAAACUGACAGAAUAGCAUUGACUUUUACACUAAAUAUAUACCAUAAGCUUGCAAUCAAAACACUACUUGAAACAGAUAACCACUUUUUCUAAAAUGACUGAUCAAGACAAGACAAGGCCUUAGUGAGGUUGUUGUACUAUCAACACUGUGUAACUUGACACCGUCACGUUGGUGCAGAUGACAUGAAGGAAUACUGCAACGUACCAGUUUAUGCUUAAAAAUAUGCAUGUGUGUAGACUGCUGGGAAUGUGGAACAUGGAAUGUGAGAACAAACAUUGUCAUAAAUUCUAGAAUAAUGUUUCGUUAUAACCACUUGAUCGCCUUAGGCUAUUAACACUAAUACCUAACUAUGAAAAGCAAUAACCAAGUAAUUAACUGUAAAACAAAUCACUUUGUAAUGAAAUGUCGUUGAUUUAGUGUCCAUGUGGUCUGCACAUUUCUAUGAGUUGGGAUAUGGCUGAUUGUCUGAUGGUCCAUCUUGAUUACUAAUGGGAGGUUGUCAGAUGAGAAUGAAGUAUGUUUUUAAAAAAGAGAUGUAUUACUGCAUAGUUAAUAACCUCCCAGCUGGAAAUGGAUCAUGAAAUGCCAAUCUAAAUGUGUAUUACUGAAUGCUUUCUAUGAUGUCUUUUCACACAAAAAAACACUUCGUAAAUACAAUGUAUAUUUAGGGGGAAGGGUUUAUUAUUCAUUUUAUUAAAAAAAAUAUGGAGAUUUAUUUUAGUACUUUUUAGAGAUAGGUUUAGAGAUGAUCUUUGUUGAGAUAAAAGAGAAAAAAACAAGAUUUUUAGAAUAGAAUGUAUUUUUUAUGUUGUUGUAAUUGAUUUAUGUAUUCUUAUUGUUGUUGCGUAAUGACUUGUAAAUUGUUAAUUAUGUAUGGUCUAAUGAUUUUCAAUGUCACGGUUUAAUGAAGGAAAGACAUGUUGAGGAACUGUGACGCGUGUGAUGUGUGAAGGCAUGUUGUCCUCGCUUUUCACCUCAAAAUGUGGAGUAUACUAGAACGGUGGUUAAGCAGCCAACAUGGUUUAGAGCAGUGUUUCCCAACCUUUUUUGUCUUGCGUACCCCCUAAGCCUCUUAGUUGUGCUAUGAGUACCCCCUAAUUAAUUUGCUAUAUCAUUUUCUCUGUCCUGAUGUGGCUGCUCCAUACAUUUGUUAUAAUAUUAACACUUUUCCAAGUACCCCCUGCAGUGUGCUCGCGUACCCCUAGUGGUACACGUACCCCUGGUUGGGAAACACUGGUUUAUAGGGAGCAUUAAAAUCUGCUAAUAGAAGAGCCUGUGACUUCAUUCUCUUAAUUUAAAAAAUGCUAAUAGGCUCUUCUUUAUAGGGUUUACAGCUACCCUUGGGUUAUAAGAACCGGGUUUGCUCCCAAACCACCUUUCAAGUAUACUUCCCUCACCUAAUGCACUGCCAUCAUCCUGUGUGGUCACCCUAGGUCUAUCUGAAAUGUCAAUCGUAAAGAUGUAUUGAUUCGAAUGUAAACGUCAUUGACAAAAGGGUUUCAGAGGAAGUUUCCCACAACCUUCUGCUUGAUCUCAUGUGCCUUUCAACUGUCAGAAGACGUUUUGAGGAACAGUAUACUUCACUAAUAACCCAAUCAGCAGUGAUUAUUAACAUUUAAAGGAGCUAUACUACACAUAUUAGAAUGGCAGUGGUGCAUACUAUCUAAGCUGUGGUAAUGUUUGGAUGAGAUGUCUAUGUUAUGUCCGUUACGCAAUGCACAAUGUCUAUUACCUGAGCAAAGUUUUACUUUUUCUUAACUUUUCACAUCAGCUAUAUUGUGAAGGGCAGCUCAGUUCUUGGCCUUUUGGUGAAGUUUUGAGGAGAGCAGUGUGAGCACAUCUCAAAUAUGGAAUGGUCAGCUGUUGCAGUCAGUCAAGUCUAGAUCUCUGGCAAAAACAGGAAAAAAGAAAUAACUGGAAAAUUGUAGCGAUAGCAGAAAUGGACUACUUUACUAGUAAGUUGAUGUGAAUUACCCGAGGGAGUUUUGUGGGCUGAAUAGUUUUCGAUGGCUAAUUCAGCUGAGUUGGAUGGAAGAUUGUGAAUAAUUGCUGUUUCCAUGGAAAGGCAGGAAUGUGUAGUAAGUUAGAUGACGUUGGUGUUGUGAACGGAUGCCAGUUUGAGUAAAGCCAGAUAUAGACACACACACACACACACACACACACACACACACACACACACACACACACACACACACACACACACACACACACACACACACACACACACACACACACACACGCACACACGCACACACGCACACACACACAAUCUGGUGUGGGGGCCAGCCACAUUUAUAGACAUUACUGACACAUCUAUUUUCUAUUUAAGAGACAAUUAAAUUGAAUUCCAUCAGUGCGAGGCCGACGUUAAUCAGGUCCUCAGUUCUGGCUGGCUUCAUCAAUGACCUGGUUCUUUUCCCCCUGUCUUGUUUCAGACAUAUCCUGUUUUUCAUUGCGUUUUUUUCCUCCCCCCUUCACAAAUAACCAUGGCAACUAGUGUCUGGCGUAUCCGUGCCAAUGCGGCUUCCUAUUUAGAUGGUGCCGCUCCGCUCGCUCAUUUAGAUGGGCAUUGGGGGCUCUCUGCAGUCCCCAGGGAGAUCUGCAGACGCACUCCAGACUGACCGCCUGUGACAUUCAGUGUCAGCCGGCUCAGUCAUAAUAACAAACAAAACAAGCAUGCUAUUUGUAGUCACUUUGCCAGCAUAUAUCCCAAACAGAAAAUGGGUGUCCUUUUUGUGCCUGUUUUCACUGUGUGAGGAGAAAGGGUCAGCCACUCUGAGAGGGAGAGCGUUAGAGCAGUGUUUCCCAACCAGGGGUACGUGUACCACUAGGGGUGCGCGAGCACACGGCAGGGGGUACUUGGAAAAUAUAUGGGAAUGUCAAAUGUAGGGAACAUACCGGUAGUCACGAUGGGAUAGAGAAAGUGAUAUAGAACUUGAGUUAGAGGUACUCAAGGCACAAUGACGAGACUUAGGGGUACAUGAGACAAAAAAGGUUGGGAAACACUGCGUUUGAGUGUUGUGCGUGUGCUUCAGUGUUACAGGACUGAGGAAGAUUGUAAGUGGCCCUUUGUGCUUCCCCUGUCCUCCCGCACGAACAAGCCUCAGUGACAACUCCCAUUAGCCUUCCACAAAGGUAGACGGAUGGAUUGGCAUGCCCUGCCACGUCUCCCCUCUGAAUACACUAUUUUCAGCUAAACACACCAUUUCUUUUAUUACUACAGCUGAAUACACUAUUCCUAAUACUAUUCCUUACAGACAAGAAAUUCAGUGAAUCAUUCAAUUUCAUGAAAUGGACUAAUUUUGUAAAAAAAAAUCUUUUGACAGACUUUGAAAACACAAGACAUGACCAAUAAGUAUAAAGCAUUAUAGUAUAAAAGCAUGGCACAUGUUUUGAUGAGUUGUGUAUCUGCAUGCUGAACUAUUCUCCAUGCGCCCCCUGUGUCAAGUCACCAUUCAGUUUUCCUUAAACAGUGUGAAAUCAUCUAAACAAUCAGUAGGUGCCUUUGCACAUGCAAUUUCUGUCUCCACAGUGUUUAAUCGUUUAUGUCAAUCAAAUAUGUCAGGAUGUAUGAAUAAAUGGGCUAACAAACGGGCUGUUAUCAAGAUAUAGUGACAUGGAAUGUUGAACUCAUACUGCAAAUGCAAUUGUACAAGGGAACCUGUGGUUUUAAUAAAGACAAUAUGAGUUUU